GUAAAACGUAAGGUUUUAACCAAAAGCGAGCUUUUCAGUUCUUGCUCGAUCGCUCUGGUUCUGAAGAACCCCCAUUUUCACCUCUAAUGGCCGCCAUUUUAGCUCGCAAAUCUCUGUCUGCUUUACGUUCUCGUCAGCUUGUUUUGGCAGGACAAGCAUUGCAAGGGACUAAUGCCCCCAGUGGGACUCUGCUUGGUACCCGCUCAUUUGCUACCAAGCAUUCGUUUUCUACUGAUAAAGAUGAUGAAGAAAGAGAGCAGCUAGCAAAGGAGUUAUCAAAAGAUUGGAAUUCAGUUUUUGAGCGAAGCAUCAAUACACUAUUUUUAACCGAAAUGGUUCGAGGUCUGAUGCUGACGCUCAAGUACUUCUUUGAGAAGAAAGUAACAAUUAACUAUCCAUUUGAGAAGGGCCCUUUAAGCCCUCGUUUCCGUGGAGAACAUGCUCUUCGACGUUACCCAACUGGAGAGGAAAGAUGCAUUGCGUGUAAACUUUGUGAAGCUAUUUGCCCUGCUCAAGCUAUCACUAUUGAGGCCGAGGCCCGAGAGGAUGGGAGUCGUCGGACGACUAGGUAUGAUAUUGACAUGACGAAAUGCAUUUACUGCGGAUUCUGCCAAGAAGCCUGUCCUGUUGAUGCAAUUGUUGAAGGGCCCAACUUUGAAUUUGCAACUGAGACUCAUGAGGAACUUCUUUACGACAAGGAGAAGCUUCUUGAGAAUGGUGAUCGAUGGGAAACUGAGAUUGCUGAGAAUCUUAGAUCUGAAAGCCUCUAUCGCUGAGUACUUUUGGUUAAUUUUUGAGUUGAGAUACAAUGAAAUUUUAUAGCUUCCUAGGAUUUAAUAAAGUAAAGGAAACUGUUGAAGUCUCCUUUUUUUGUUCUUUCCCUUGUCUUUCGGUUGUUGAGAUGGCUCUAUUUAGUAUACAUACAAAUUGGUGAAAAUAUGGACCAGCAUCGUAUUAAAUGUGGAAAAGGUUGAUGCUACUGUUUUAAGAACUCUAGGGUGGCAAGAUGACAUUUUUGUGAAGUAACGUUCUUGUUGAUUUAACUUGCUUCAUCAGUGCAAUUAUUUAUCAAA